AUGACGUGCGAAAAAGUCGGUCAGCGAAUCGAAAACAGACACAGACGUAUAAAACCACAGACGGUAGCUAUUUGGAAAGAAAUGCGAUUAUUCCACAUUCUCCUCGCUUCCGGUAUUUUUCUACUUGCCAUGGGUUCUCCACGGAUAAAACGGCAAUGGUACGACUAUUCUAAUUAUUACGGAUAUCAAUACAGUCAACCGUAUACUUAUCAGUACCGUCAGCCAUAUACCUACCAAUAUCGUCAACCGUUCACCUUAUCGUAUUUUCGUGGUCAACCAGUUUAUCCAUCGAAUUACGGGAUCCAUACACAACCUAAUAAUUACGCCUAUAACUAUAACUACUAUCAACGUCAGCCCGUAUACUACAGUAAUAACGAUUAUGCUGUGUACCAAAGAGGAGAUGUGAACGAGGGACUCACCGUUGAAGACGUUGAGGUUAUGGUUCCAGGAGUUUCAGUUGAUGUGGUUGUCGUGGUCGUUUCUGGAUUCCCCGUUGAGAUGAUCGUUGUGGUUGUUCCUGGAUUCCCCGUUGAGAUGCUCGUCGUGGUCGUUACAGGGGUCUCAGUUGAUGUGGCCGUGGUGGUUGUUCCUGGAUUCCCCCUUGAGAUGCUCGUCGUCGUCGUUCCAGGACUCCCCGUUGAAGUCGUUGAGGUUAUGGUUCCAGGAGAUUCCGUUGAGAUGCUCGUCGUGGUUGUUCCUGGAUUCCCCGUCGAGAUGCUCGUCGUCGUCGUUCCAGGGGUUUCAGUUGAUGUGGUCGUGGUGGUCGUUCCUGGAUUCCCCGUUGAGAUGCUCGUCGUGGUCGUUCCUGGAUUCCCCGUUGAGAUGCUCGUCGUGGUCGUUCCAGGACUCCCCGUUGAAGUCGUUGAGGUUAUGGUUCCAGGAGUUUCCGUUGAUAUGCUCGUCGUGGUCGUUCCUGGAUUCCCCGUUGAUGUGGUCGUCGUGGUCGUUCCUGGAUUCCCCGUUGAGGUGCUCGUCGAGGUCGUUACAGGGGUCUCAGUUGAUGUGGUCGUCGUGGUUGUUCCUGGAUUCCCCGUUGAGAUGCUCGUCGUGGUCGUUCCUGGAUUCCCCGUUGAGAUGCUCGUCGUGGUCGUUCCAGGACUCCCCGUUGAAGUCGUUGAGGUUAUGGUUCCAGGAGUUUCCGUUGAUAUGCUCGUCGUGGUCGUUCCUGGAUUCCCCGUUGAUGUGGUCGUCGUGGUCGUUCCUGGAUUCCCCGUUGAGGUGCUCGUCGAGGUCGUUACAGGGGUCUCAGUUGAUGUGGUCGUCGUGGUCGUUCCUGGAUUCCUCGUUGAGAUGCUCGUCGUCGUCGUUCCAGGGGUUUCAGUUGAUGUGGUCGUGGUGGUCGUUCCUGGAUUCCCCGUUGAGAUGCUCGUCGUGGUCGUUCCAGGAUUCCCCGUUGAGGUGCUCGUCGAGGUCGUUACAGGGGUCUCAGUUGAUGUGGUCGUCGUGGUUGUUCCUGGAUUCCCCGUUGAGAUGCUCGUCGUGGUCGUUACAGGGGUCUCAGUUGAUGUGGCCGUGGUGGUUGUUCCUGGAUUCCCCCUUGAGAUGCUCGUCGUCGUCGUUCCAGGACUCCCCGUUGAAGUCGUUGAAGUUAUGGUUCCAGGAGUUUCCGUUGAUAUGCUCGUCGUGGUCGUUCCUGGAUUCCCCGUUGAUAUGCUCGUCGUGGUCGUUUCUGGAUUCCCCGUUGAGAUGCUCGUCGUGGUCGCAGUUGUUCUGGAUUCGCCGUAG